AUGGAUGACUUCUCAAAUGUGUCUUCUGUUUUGACACUAGAAGGCUUCAAUCUCUCCCCUGAAAGUGCAUUUUCCGCAUUUAUUUUCGCCACACUGAGCUAUAUGGUCAUUCUCUUCUGUAAUCUGGUCCUGAUUCUCACCAUCAUCCUCAAUAGGAGUCUCCACCAGCCCAUGUACCUUCUGCUGCUAAAUCUACCCAUCAAUGACCUUAUAGGCUCCACGGCACUCUUUACACAGCUCAUCAAAGAGCUUUUACUUGACACAAGGACCAUUCAAUACUCUGCUUGUGUCGCACAAGCUUUCUUUAUUCAUGUCCAUGUAAUGGGAGCUGUGUUCAUUCUGACUGCUAUGGCGUAUGACAGAUACAUUGCCAUAUGUUGUCCUUUGAGGUACAACACAUUUAUGACCAAUGCUCAUCUCAGGAAAAUCAUCACACUGCUAUGGAUGUGUGACUUGAUUUUGAUUGGAGUGCUCUUUUUCCUGCUGCUUCGAUUACCACGCUGCAGAUCUCUGAUGUCACACUCAUACUGUGACAAUCCCUCCCUGUUGAAACUGGUCUGUGGUAACACAGCCAUCAAUAACAUCUAUGGACUCUUUAUUACUGCCCUCUUGCAGGUCAUAGUUGUUUCUACCAUUCUCUACACUUACGUUCAGAUACUUGUCACCUGUUUUAGAAACAAAGGAUCAGCUGACACUAAAAGCAAAGCUCUGCAGACUUGUGCUACACAUUUAAUAGUUUUUCUCCUCUUAGAGUGUUUAGGGCUUCUCACUAUUAUUUCAUACAGACUGAGCCAAUUUCCCCCGCAGUUACGGAGACUCAUGGGAGUUUCCACAUUCAUUUUCCCCCCAACUUUAAAUCCAAUCAUAUAUGGUCUUAGAACAAAGGAUAUCCGAGUAAAAGCAUUGCAUUUCUUGCGGACAAAGAUCUUUCCAUCCUAG